AUGCAUAGAGGUGGUACUAUUCCUGUACACUUCUUUGGUGCUGUAGGCUACGGAUACAAAAGUCUAUUGAUCAACAUUUAUGGAACUGGGAAGAGUGGGGCAUUUACACAAACUGAUUACCUUGGUCAAGUACUCAAGCCUUAUAUUCAGGAUUUUUUAGCUGCUUUUGCGGCUGUUUUGGGGCCUGGGAAGACCCCUCAGUUCAUGGAAGACGGCAACUCUGCUCACGGCCACAAGACUACUAGCAAUAUUUGUGCUACUUGGCGUACUUCUAUGGGUAUUACUCUAUUCCCCCAUCCUGCAGUUAGCCCUGAUAUGAAUCCUAUUGAGAAGUGCUGGAGGAGAAUAAAACAAGCUCUCCAUAGGCGCCUAAGGCAGCCAACAACUGAGGUUCAAAUGGUUGUAGCAGUAUUAGAAGAAUGGGACAAAAUUCCUCAGGAAUGGAUCAAUGGGCUUAUUGAGCAGCAGGACUUCUGGGUACACGACUUAAUUAAGCGAUGUGGCUGGUCUACAGCUAAUUAA